GGCAUUUUAUUAAAAUUUUAAUCUAAUUCAUUCAUUCUCGAUAUUACUUGGAAGGAACAUUAAUACAAAAUGGUGCAUGCGCGUUUGUUAAUUUUCUUCUGCAUGUUAAUAAUUUUCCAAAGUGUUUCUGCCUCAUUAUUUGGAUGGAUAUGGGGCAAGGAUACAGAUGAUACCACUGUUUUAGUAGCAGAUGGUGUUCCAUUAAUUUCAAUUCCAUAUGAAUCAAUGACUAAAGAUGAAAAGUUCCUUCAAGAAGCUGCAAAGUUUACAGACAUUCAAGUGUCAUCACCUUUACAAACUUGCCAACACAAAGUCAUUAUGAAAAUUAAGACUUCUUGCUCUGAGAUGACAGAGGAAGAACUUGCUAAAUUAAGUGUUAAUCUGUUGAAUUGUCAAUCAGCAGUAGAAGGCAGGAAAAUGUUUCCAUGUACUGAUGAAAUGACACUGAAACAAUGUACCACAGAAAUGGAUGCAGAUAUGUGGAAUGCAUAUCAUUUAAUGAGUAACAGAGCUAGAGCUGUUUGUUAUGUAGCUCGUAGUACUCAAUUUCGUGCUCUUACUGAAUUGAGUGUGAAUAAAUUAAUGCAAACUGUGCACACACAGAUCAAAACACUGGGUUCCUUGCAAGAAAGUCAAAAUCGCCUCGAAGAACAGACUAUAGAAGCUCUAGCAUCUUUAUCAGAAGGUAAUAAAGCAUUACUAGAGCAACAAAAGCAUUUGAAAAAUGCACAAGCAUCAGCUCACAAUCUCGUAACAACAAAUCUAAGAGAAUUGACUAAUGAGAAAGCUUUGAUUCGACUUGGACACACACAACUUGCAGCAAUGGCAGAUGACAUCAAAAAGAAAUUAGAGGAAGCACAUAAAAAUUUGGAGCAGCAAUCUAUUGAACGUAAUGAGAAUCAUCAAGAAAUACUUGAGGAUUUGUCUAACAUUCAAGAACAUGCACAAUUGAUUUGGAAUAAAAUAGAACUUAGUACAAAUCGAAUUUUUGCACAACACGAAGAAGCACUUGUCCACUAUGAACAAACUUUAGAAAAAUUAAAUCAAAUUAAUGAUACUAUUCAAUAUAUUUGGAAUAUAACAAACAACAUGCGCGUAGAAAUAGACGAAAAGCUUAAUUGGUUGACUGAUUACAUUGGUGACACUGGAGAACAAAUGUAUCGAAUGUAUCGUAUAAGCUUGCACAUUGUUUACUUAUUAUUUGCUAUGGUGAUUGCAGCAUUCCUUAAUGCACCAUUAUUAACUAGAAUCAUCAUUAUUGGAAUUGUACCAUUAAACUUAAUAUCUUAUUUAAAACAUGGCAUGGAUGCUUGUUUAGAUUUUAUAUCAAUUAGCGUAUUAAUAUUUUUAAUUACAAUCAUGCAUUUCUUGAUGAUUGGAAUUCAACGUUUAUGUGGUCCAGCAAAUAAAAAAAUGCAACCAACAGUUACUCAAAUCAACAAUCAAAAUGGUCGUGCAAAUGGUGCUGUACAAGAAUAUGUUUCAUCUUCUUAUACUAAUCAAUCAUUACAUAUCUCUUUUCUAUCCUUUUAUCCAAAGUUGAAGAGAAGUGUCUGGAAAUUUUACAGCUUCUUUACCUACCAAAUAAAUCGAUGUAUUCAAAAAUUUAGUUCCCUGAUACAGUCAGCAGCUUCAUGGAGUAGAUAUAAUUUGGUGCAACGUGAGGAACUGUCUUGUUCUUAUAUACCUUUAAAGAAAACUCGGGAAGACCUUAUUUGCGACUACAAACAAGAGUUCCCGAGCAUGUCUGAAGAUGUUACUGAUUUCGAGCACUCAAACUUCAUGGACGAAAGAAACGAAAGUAUCGAUGAUUUUGAAAAUUUAAUUGAUGCCAAUGAUUUAAGACGAAGAUUAAGGCAAGUGGAGAGUUUCAAUAGUAGAUCUUCUUAUUCUCAUCAAUCACCUUCCAGGAGUGUUACUCCAUUACACACUACGAGAAUUCUAUGUAACGCUAUAACAAGAAGCGGCAGAAAAUGUCGGUUAAAUGCAAGAAGUGGACAAAGUUUUUGUGGCAGACAUUCUGCUGGGACCUCGAUUAUGGGUGACUGAAAAAUUGUAUAGACAUGAUAGAUAGGUUGUUACAUUAAGUUAACUGAAAUUAUCUAUAAUUAAUUGACUAUUUAAAGUGAAAUGUAAUAUUUUUAGUCAAUUAAGUCGGACAGUUACAUGUUUUAUCAAUAGAAUUUCAUUGAAUCUAAUAAUUGUCCGCGAUUUUAACAUUAAUACCGUGCCUUAAAAAGUCGCCUUCUGCCUGUUCAAUAUAAGAAAUAUGCGUAAUUUUUCUUAAAAAGGUCAAAGAAGGAUAUUAAAAGACAAAUAUGUUACCGAAUGAAAGAAAUUAAAGUUGUAUAUUUAAUAUUUAUUAUGA